AGCGCAGUGCGCGGACCCUCACGCACACACUCACACAAGGCGCUGAGGGGGAGGGGAAGACACGCGAGCCGCCACUGCCGCUCUUAGGGGGGCAAAAACACCCACACCACCCACCCGAGACCAAGGGGCCGGGUAGCCCCCCACACACUCACACUCUUCCUUUUUUCCACAGUGCCUAAGAAGGAGCCAGAGGAACAGAAUAUGAAUUCAGGAGAAUUAUUUGAUGAAGAAGACAAUGCUGAAGUGAUUAUCAAAAAUAUUAUGAAAGUAGAAACAGACAAAGAAGAUGAAGUUCUAGACUGCUCUGUAAUCUCAAAACCUUCUGGAAAAAACUCUCUGGAUAGCUUAUUAACUUCUCUGCAAGAUACCAACAAACGAAAACGGACUUCAUUUAGUUGUGAUGGCUCAGGAAACCACCAAGAAACUCUAUCCACUGUGAAGAAAAGAAAUCUUACACAAGAGGGUCCUGUUUCAAACUUGAAGCAUAGUGAUGCAUCACCUAUUCAUGAAGAUGUGGAACUGUCAAAUAAGAGCAAGAAUCCUAAUGUAGCAUGGAUUUGUGAAGAAGAAACUCCAACAAACACAAUAAUGCCAUCCUAUAAGAAACCUCUUUAUGGGAUCUCACACAAAAUUACAGAGAAGAAGACUUUGCCAGGAGCAGAACAGUUCACAUCUUAUGAGUUGUUUGAAAAGAUUAAUCCUAACAGUCCCUCCAAUCUGCGAACUUUGAAUGAACACCGCAAAAGAGAUACAAGUGCUAUUACAGCUGCUACUUCUGAGUCUGAUUCAAAUAUAUAUUCUUUAAUACAAAAAAUGUUUUAUACACUGAAUACCUUAAAUUCCAACAUGACUCAACUUCAUAGCAAAGUAGACUUGUUAUCACUAGAAGUCAGUAGAAUUAAAAGGCAGGUCAGCCCAACAAACACUGUAGCAGAAUUCAGGCCGCCACCUGAAUACCAGCUGACUUCCUCAGAACUCAAACAGAUCAUGGAUCAAAGUACAUCAGGGGGAGACUUGGCUUGCAGAUUACUUGUACAGCUUUUUCCAGAGCUCUUCAGUGAGGAUGAAAUAAGCAGGACUUGUAGUACCUGUGGCUAUCUUAAUAAAAAGAAGCUUGAAUCUCUCCAUUUGCAGCUCAUCCGAAAUUAUGUGGAGGUAUGUUAUCCUUCUGUGAAAAAUCCUGCUGUUUGGCAGGCAGAAUGUUUGCCUCAGGUUAAUGACUUUUUCAAUAGCUUUUGGGCCCAGAGGGACAUGGAAAACAAUCAGACAGAUAUACAGUCCUCCAGUUUUUACGAACCUGAUCUGAUAGUUGAUAAGGAGGAUGAAGAAGCUCUAUCUGUUGACCAGAGUAAUUCUGUUGCCUCUGAAUGGGUAUUUGAUGCUCAGGAUAUAAAUGAAUUUUUAGAUGAAGCUUCCUCUCCUGGAGAAUUCUGUGUCUUUUUGCUACACAGAUUGUUUCCAGAACUCUUUGAUCACAGAAAGUUGGCUGAGAGAUAUAGCUGUUAUGGAGAAAGUGGGAAACAAGAGCUUGACCCUCAGCGACUUCAAGUAAUCCGCAGGUACACAGAGAUUUAUUUUCCUGCCAUGCAGGAAAGAAAAGCCUGGUUGCAGCAUUGUGUUCAGAGAAUAAAUGAUGAACUUGAAAGCAUGUAUAUGGAUGAUAGUGAGGGUGAACAGAUGAGAGAUGAUUGCUAUGAUUCUUCUAGUUUGCCUGAUGAUGUUUCUGUUAUAAAAGUAGAAGAUAAUUUUGAAUAUGAAAGGCCCGGCAGACGGUCAAAAAAGAUUUGGCUUGUGCCUAUAGACUUUGAUAAGAUAGAGAUCCCUCCCCCUGAUUUUGAUGUCCCUAUUCCAGACUACCUGUUAAAUAAGGAUCAGCUGAAGAACAUAUAUGAAAGCAGCUUGUCUAUAGGAAAUUUUGCUUCUCGGUUGUUAGUUCACUUAUUCCCUGAAUUGUUUACUCAUGAAAACUUAAGGAAGCAAUAUAAUUGUAGUGGAUCUCUGGGUAAGAAACAACUUGAUCCCAUUAGGAUUAAAUUAAUACGACACUAUGUGCAAAUGUUAUAUCCAAGAGCCAAGAAUGAUAGAGUAUGGACCUUGGAAUUUGUUGGAAAGCUUGAUGAAAGAUGUCGUCGCAGAGAUACUGAGCAGAGACGCACAUACCAACUGCAGCGAAAAAUCCAUGUACCAGGACCUGAAAGGAGAGAAUUUCUGACCUAUGCAAUAAACCCAGAACGAUUUAAGGAAGAAUUUGAUGGACCACCGUUGCCUCCAGAAAGAAGUAACAAAGAUUUCUGCAAGAUACCACUUGAGGAACUGGUUGUUCCUCCUCCAGACUUUCCUGUGCCUUCUCUGUAUCUGCUAUCUGAUAAAGAAGUAAGAGAGAUAGUACAGCAGAGCCUUUCAGUUGGUAACUUUGCUGCCAGACUUCUUGUAAGACUUUUUCCAGAACUUUUUACUUCAGAUAACCUCAGACUGCAGUACAAUCAUUCAGGGGCUUGUAACAAAAAGCAGCUAGAUCCUGUCAGACUACGACUAAUCCGUCAUUAUGUAGAAGCUGUGUAUCCUGUUGAGAAAAUGGAUGAAGUUUGGCAUUAUGAAUGUAUACCAAGCAUUGAUGAAAGAUGCAGACGUCCCAAUAGAAAAAAGUGUGACAUAUUGAAAAAAGCUAAGAAAGUAAAAAAGUGAUAGGAUCUUUUAACUUUCCAAAGACAUUGACCAUUUCAAAUACUUUGAAAUAGCUUAAGACAUCAGUCUGUUUUAGAUUAAGACUACUCAAUAUAUUCACUCAGCACUAGGGCAACUGACCAGUAAAAUUCUCUACAUGUAUUUAUUACGCAUAUGGGGAAGGGCAAUUCAGUGGCUAAGGAGCGGGAGAGGCAUGGUUUAAUCCAGUGAUAAUGUCUCUUAGAAAACUUUUUUCAAAUGAAUGCAUAUUGUAGAAGAACAUAUUUUGUAGCUCCACUGAUUUCUAUAUGCUGAUAUGUAGGCUAGUUUCCCGAUAGACAGUGUCCUUACUAAUUACCUUCGUUUGGUAUACAGGGAGCUAUAAAUGAUAGAGAUGAUGCAGCAAUGUCACAUUUAAAUAUAAUCAUUAGUCAGAAUAGAUUAUGUAACUUUUAAAUUUUAAUUGAUCUGUAACAGUAAAUAGUGCUCUUUAAGACAGAAAAGUACCCCUAAUCAGUCUUUUGGAAAUCAACCAAUUUUUAAAUCUUUCAAAACUAAUUUUUGAAGUGCCAUACUAAUUGAAAGAGUGAAAAGUCAAGACAUUUUCUGUGUUAAUUCUGUUGCAUUAGUUUGAAUAUUAGAAGACUGGAGGUAACUAAAAAUCAAUGAACAGGACAGUUACAAUAAUUCUAAAAAUUUUACUUUAGAACUGAUUUGGUGUAAAAAUUAUGGUUAUACUUAUAGCAUUAUUUAACAUGUGUUUAUGUUAAGAUUACUUAGUACCGAUAUUUCAGUUUUUAUUCUUAUAAGUUAUUUUACUGUUUUCAUUGUGACCUCUUCGUUUAAGAACUACUGGUAUGAGUGGUGAUUAAUAGAAUCCUGCCCUUUAUCAGUGGAACAUGGUGCUAUUACCUGUUAUUCUUGCUACUUAUAAAAAUACUUGAACUGAGGAACGUACAAAACAUUUAGUCCAUAUUUUUGCCAGUACUGCAGCCUUUGGAACAUUUACAAUAUUAAAUAUGAAGUAUACCUAUAUAUUUGAUUAUUUGAAAUUAUAUCUAAAAAUUUCCUCUGCAACACUUUGAUGAAGACCCGAGUCUAAUUUUUCAUCCCGUGUAGAAUAGACUCUUGAAUUAGCAUCUUAAUUUGUGAGUCAGCUAUUAAGUAAGUGAUUGUGUAAAUCAGUCUGCUCUAGCUAGACUACCAACUAGAUUCAGGUCAGGUACAUUGGCACCUGGAUUUUU